UUUUUCUUUUGUCUGCAUUUGUGUUUGCGUUUGCGUUUGCGUUCUAAUCUUCAGGUUGUUACAUGAAUUUUUUUUUUUUUUUGCAUAACUCCGUACUUGUCAAGCUGGCCUUCAUGAUGUUGCAAAGACGAGCAUUUUCUGGGAAUACACGGUUGCUGGCAACUUUGAAGUCUUCUCGACCCUUGGAGCCUGUUUCUAUUGCACGUACUCGAUCCAUAUUUCCGAAUUUGCGUCAAUUGAGCUCCUUACCUUAUACCUCCUCAAAGGCCUCAAUCUCCACCGUUCAGCUUCAUGGCUUGGUCGACAAGCCAGGCUCCAGGAUACAAUCACGAAGAUAUACUACACCGCGAAACUAUGACCCCAACUCACCUCGAGAGAACCAGACCAUGACAUUGCCAGACGGCAGGGAACUUGGUUUUGCAGAAUACGGCUCACCUACAGGAACGCCCGUGUUUUAUUUUCACGGUGAUGUCGGAUCAAGGAUAGAAGUCGUGGAGUGGGACAAAGCCGCGAAGAAAAAUGACAUCCGGAUCAUCGGCGUCGACAGACCUGGCAUGGGUCUGUCUAGCUUCCAGCCAGAUCGGAAACUUCUGGACUGGCCAAAAGACGUGCGCGAGCUGGCACGGCAUUUGGGAAUCACGGAGUACCGCAUUAUUGGCGUGUCUGGGGGAGGCCCCUUCGUUCUCGCAUGCGCUUAUGCCAUUCCUCAAAACGAACUCAAGGCUGCAGGCGUCGUGGCAGGGAUGGGAUUGUGGUCGUAUGGAUUACGAGGCAUGCGAGUUGUUCCUCGACUUACGUGGAACUUGACGAGCUGGAUGCCCGGAGCUUACGGAAAGCUCUUGGAUUCAUUACUUGUUCCUGCCGCACAAAAUCCUGAUAUAUCGGAAACAGACAAACUUGCUGCAAAAAUAGUCAAGGAGUUUCGCGAGGGUGACCGGAAGUACUACGAACAGGAUCCGUAUAUGACUACGGUCCUCCGUGACGUUUUACGAGCAGGAUUCCAGCAAGGCUCCAAGGGUCUUGUCCAUGAUAUCAAGAUCAUGACUCGGCAUUGGGGGUUCGAAUUGAAAGACAUUUCUCAAGACAAGGUCCUGUUUUGGUACGGCUUGGACGACGAAAAUACUACGCCUCGUGUGGGCCGUUUGAUGCAUAAAGAGAUUCGGCAGUCAAAACUCACAGAAUAUCAAGGCACUACUCAUUUUACCAUCAUGGGUAAGCAUGGAGACAAGAUCUUGUCAGAACUAAUCAAGGCAUAAAAUAGCGUGCUGGCACGCUGAGAGCAGACAGGGCAGCUGCUCUUUGGAGCAAAAAAAAAAAAAAAAAAAA